AGUAACCUGAUAACAAACUGUAUAAUGCGCUCGCGAAUCGAUCUUUGAUUCCUAGCAGGGAACAUAAAGGCCCCUAAAAUUAACAAACGUAGCGAUUUGGAACCAGAAGAGCCCGUCAUGAAGAAGUGUAUAUGCCAAAUGUGUUCUUGUGGUCGGCAUCGUUGUCCGCAUACCUUGGGACAACAGAACCGGGUUAUCAACAAAGACGCCGUGAACAAAUGCAAUGUCACCGAAUACAGAGGACGUUUCGACGGCAUCACUCCUAAGAGGGGACCGUUUUUCCGUCCCACAGACCAGAUCAGGUACGAAGGUCCCACUAGUACCCAGACUACGAACGCGUCGUCUUACGUCACGCAUGACGUAAAGGUCCCAAAACCGAAGGAACCCGAGAAGUUCGUCCCCAAUCCGAAUCGUUUCGAUGCGGUUUCGGAACACCACGAGCACUACAAGCAGUUGAACGGCGUUCCUGCGAAAAUCCCACCUUAUCUGAAAACUACGACGAUGCGAAAGCCUUCAGCUAAACUGGAAUAUAUUUCAACAAAACAGGAUGAUUUUAAGCCCUGGACUUCACCGGGAAGACCGGAUAUUAUUCAGAGAGAGCGACGUUAUCGACCUCCCAGCAAACCUUUCCAGGAGACUUCACUGCAUAGACAGGAUUUCAAAAGGUUUCAUCAACUUCCAAAUCCCAGCGCACGGCAGCCAGACAAGUUGAACUUCGGUGAUAAAGUAGAAUUUCAGACUACGACUCAAACAUAUCAUAAAGCGUUAAAGGCAUCUCCUACACGCCCGAUAGAAAGGCAGCCCGAGAUGGAGGCUUUACCCAAAACAGCCUUCACAUGUACGUCUGUCUUCAAGGCAGAUUUCGUCGACCACAAAGCCAUCAAGUCCGCUCACAUGUUCAAACCUGAAAGUCAUUUAUUUCGAACCAAUCAGACGAUGGACCGGGAGACAACGCAAGGCGAGUCUUUCAAGAGUUGGCCAAUAGAAUCACGGCAACGUAAAGCCCCGGAUGUCUACAAGAAACCGAAAGGCCAAAUGGAGAUCAUCCCCACUUCACGUGAUUAUUCAAAUCACGGGGAGCUAGGCAUUCCCGCCAGAUCUGCGCGGCCUCGUACCAAGCUUCAGCGCGGCCGCGAGUUCCCUUUUAAUUCAACUACGAGUUACUCGAUGGAGUUUCAGAAACACAGCGCACCACAGAGAGCCUCCUUAAGACAGAAUGCGCGAGAUGGCAACGACAUAUUCCCGAAGUCUGUGGAAGACUCCGAACCCACUACGGUAACUUCCGAGUUUUUGGAUAAGUACAAAAGGCACCAGGCCCCUCCGGCGAGGAUGUUUAAAGACAAUAGUACCUUGUUCAAAACAUCAGCAAGUUUUGCAGAUAGUUCGCUUUACAAAGAGCAGUUCCGGGGGGAGAGAAUUGAAUGCCCAAGCGAAGGUUUAUUACGUGAUGAUAAAGUUGGAUUGUUUUCGUUUGAUCACGUGAACGAGGAGGGUCACAAGAUCUACGCGAUUAGUCCCCGGACAUCGCAGCCCCUCCGUCGUGAAGUAACAGUGGCGUGAAAAAUACGGAAGUUUAGCUACUAGUCAUUUUCAUAGAUAUAGAGCAAUUGUUAUGAAAUACAGAUAGUGGGAGAUGUAGAGACACUAACUUCUU